CUCGAGACUGAGACAUUGAGUUGGUGAGAUGUGGUACUGCCGCAAUGGGAUGAGUGCGCGGUAACACGGGUGUCCGGAAGGAAGUGUUGUUCACUCAACAACUAUACGAAGAACUUCCAUCGUCUCUUUUCCUUCCCUUCACAUGCCUUGUGCAAUAUGGUCCAGUCGCAUCAUCUCGUAGUGUAUUCGCAAGCCAUGCCGCAGGAUCCCAGGCACUCGUGGACUGUUUCGUCGCGCUUUCGCAACCGCAUUAUUGUCAUCGCACAUCUUCGCGCGCUCGUAAGAUGUCACUGGGGCUUAGAAGCUAGCUCGUGUACGGGCUCGGUGCUGAGGUCGAUGCGUUCUCUUCCGAGUAUACGGCAGAUGCCUGUUCUGGUGUUGCGAAGGCGAUUCCAGGAAUGGUGGUUGCGCGCGCUGGUGGAAGAUCAAAGCUCUGUGACGACGACGAAACGCACACGUGACGAGCCAACAGUCGCGAAAUAGACUCUCGACCAGGAAGACUUUAAAAAGGCGCGCUCGGUGUACGGUGAAGGGGGUCAAAAUCCAACAUUUCUCCCCUUUCAGUCCAAGCCAAUAAUAAUGCAAGCACCCGCGACGCUCGUGAUGGAGAAGAUUCUGACUGCGGUGGCACCGGAAGCCACAACAGUCGCAGUGACUUGGGGCCGGAAGACGAAAGCGAGGUGGGAGAGUAGCGUCGGCGCCGUUGUACUUUGUACUUGCUGUCCGAUCCUUGUCAUCCUCAAUUUCUUAGCUCUCGAGCAAUACGCUGGCUCGCUGGUCGACACUUUCAAAGCAGCGCUGGAUCAAGGGCCGGUACUGUUUAUUCUGCGCAACCUUCCCAAGCCUUCAAUAGCAGCGACCGCUGGAUAUGCCGGCUGGAUCUUGCUGCAGGCCGCUCUCUACAGCUUUCUUCCCGGAACAACCUGCCAUGGCCAGAAAACGCCAGGUGGGAAAUUGCUGAGCUACACAACAAAUGGCUUGACAGCGUGGUUUGUGACACACGUCCUUUUCCUGACGGCGGCAGUGCUGGGACGAGUCGAUGCAGCCGUCAUAGCGAGACACUGGGAAGGACUGCUUGUGGCCGCCAAUGUCUACGGCUUCCUGAUGGGCUUCAUAGUCCAGCUGAAGGGGUAUUGGGCUCCUUCUCACCCGGAGGAUGUGAAGCUGAGCGGUAGCUGGAUCUACGACUACUGGAUAGGCGUAGAGCUCAACCCGCGACUGGGCAAGCACCUUGACCUCAAGUUCUUCCACAAUGGUCGCGUCGGAAUGGGAGCCUGGACAUUGAUCAACCUCUCCUGGGCAGCAUAUCAGCACCAGCAAUUCGGCUGUGUGACUGAUUCAAUGCUCAUCGUUCUGAUCCUCCACGCAACUUACGUCGUGGACUUCUAUGUCAACGAAGACUGGUAUCUCCGCACGAUCGACAUCUCCCACGACCAUUUCGGUUUCAUGCUCUCAUGGGGCGAUUCCACCUUUUUGCCUUCUUUCUACACCAUGCAGGCACAGUACCUCGCCCGCUAUCCAACCCAACUUACCCGUGUCCAGGCUGCCGCCAUCCUGGGCACUGGAUUCUUGGGGUAUGCCAUGUUUCGCUCUGCCAACUUCCAGCGGGAUCACGUCCGCGCAAAGAAGGGCGACGCUCGCAUCUGGGGUCGCAAAGCCGAGUUUAUCCGGACGAAAUACAGAACAACAGACAACGCUCCAUUUGACUUGGCUGAAGCGGAGAUUCAGUGUUUUGCAUUUUGUGCAACUUGUGGCUUCUCUCACGUGCUCCCUUGGUCGUACUUCUUCUUCAUGUGUAUUCUGCUUUGCCAUAGAGCCAGAAGGGAUGAGCGUCGGUGCCGAAACAAGUACGGAAAGCAGUGGGAAGAGUAUUGCAGACUCGUGCCAUACACCAUCCUUCCCGGUAUCUUCUGA